CAUACUCAUUAUUAAUUAUUCAGGGACAAGCAAAAUGAACAUAAAUUUUAUUUCCUGUGCUAAUAAAGACAUUAAAUGAAAUUCAUAUUUGCUUCGCUUAAACUGCAUGAAAAUCAAUUAAUGAUUUAGUUUCCGGUUUGAUAAAAGUAAAUGUAAAGAAAAGAGGAUACAAAUUUAAACGAUAACGUUUCAAACUGAACAAAACACCGUUCCAAGGUCAUCUGCAGAGAUAAGGCAGACGCAUAUCGUGUUCGUGAACUGUUAGCUAUUGUAAACAUUUGUCACAUUUAACAUAACAAACGGUGAAAACGGUAUUGUUAUUUUAAAUUAAGGAGUUGUGUUAAUUUAAAUAAAGGAGAAAACAUUAUGGCACUACGUUACCCUGGGUCCAGAAAGGCAAAACCAUUCUUCACAAACAAUCCCCCUGUUCCUUUUGUGCAUAACUUUGGACGACUAACCAACGGUAAACUUAUGCAAAUAGAUGGCGUACCGCAUGCACACCCUACCAGGUUUACAAUAUAUAUCCAACAAGGCGGUGACAGGGAACCUCACGAGAUUGCAAUGUGUUUUGAUGCUAGGUUCAGCUUCAACGCAGAUAAACAUGUUGUAGUACGUAACCACAAGCAGGGUGGUUGGGGAACAGAAGAAAGGGGCAUUCCAUUCUUUCCGUUUUACCAAAGCGUACCAUUUAGUAUUAUAAUAUUGUUUCAACCCAGUUGCUUCAAGGUUGCUGUGAACAACAAUCAUUUCCUAGAAUUCAGCCACCGAUUUCAACCAAUGGGACAUAUAAAUACGCUCCGCAUCGACGGUGAUGUUCAGCUUUCACAAGUGGUUAUUCAGUGAUAAUGGACAUAGAUGGAUAGCGAUUCGAAACUAAGAGCCGCAAGUGACUUUGUACAGUUAAUUGAGAACGUGUUUGAUUGUAUAAAUAGAGUAUUCUUGUUUGAAAAACAAACUGUUUUCAUAGACAAAAUUUCUGAUAAUAUUGCUUAUGCUUGUACAGAAGUAAACCAUGAAAAUAUAUUUUUCGUUGAAUAACCAUUACCCCUGUGUUCUUACGAGCCCAAAUACCCUAUAUUUAUUCAUAUCAUUAGAUGCAGAAUUCAAGUCCAAAUUUUGUUAUGUAGCAAAUGCAUAUGUAUAUUAUGUCAAACAUUCACAAGGCAAUCAUGAUGAUAACGGUCAUUCUCCUACAUUUAAGUUAUUAUUUUUGGUUUUCUUUUAAACUGGUCAUUUAAAGGUACAACCCUCUAUUGCCACGCGCUAUAAUGAAGAAAAAGAGUAUUGUCCAAACCUCUGUAAUAAUUUCAAAUGUUUCAAGGAUAGUUUCGAUAGAUAAUUACAGUUACAAACUAUAUACCUCUCUGCAUAACAUUAUUACAAAUUAAUAGUCGCUGCCGAUCAGUAUUUCGACAAAGAUCGACUGUCAUUCGUUCUUUCCUAUAUAUAAACUAAUAAAGUCCAUUGUUGACAUUUUUUUUACUUGUUACUGGUGCACAUAUAAAUCCCACUCCGUUACAAAAAUCAUAGUACGCAAAGAACUCUUAAUACGGUCUGUACAUAGUUAACGUCUUGGUUCUCCAAUUAACUUAUUAAAUAUAUUCUGUUUAUCUAAUAACACGCCUUUCAUGUUUAUAUUUGCAUUUUUCUAGCGGUGUUAUUGAAAACAAAAGCAGGGUGUUUAUUCUGCAGACAAUACGACAAUAUGAGGGUACUGCUUACAGUUGGCAUAAUGUUCACCACUAUUUUUUUUUCUUUCCAAGUUUAUGAGUGGACAUCAUGGGGGAAUAGCUCUGUAAUGAAUUAAAGUCUAGAAAAUGAAUCUGAAGUACCUUAAUUUAAUAUUUCAUUCAUUAGUAUAAAAUUUUCAAACACGAAUUAUUAGCCCUGCCCAUCCCCUUCCCACCACAUUUUAAGCAGCAGACGUUUAUCACAGAGAUGUAUACGUACAAUAUAAGUACAUUUGUGUUAAGAAGUAACUUUCUGUACAAUUAUAACGACCAUAACCUAAGCCAAAUGAUUCUAUUUUAACACAUCAAUCAUUAUCAUUCUUUUAGUUUAAACAAUAAGCAUCUUAAAAAAAGAUACACGGCCACAUUAGCCAAUGGCAACUUUAAGCUACGAAACGUGCAUGCCCUCUGCACUUUUACAUACGCAAGGUAAACAUACGCGGGUAUUGAAAAAACAAAACAAAAAAUGUUAUUUUUAAAGUAAAAUUGUCAUUUUUUAUGUAGAUCCUAUUUUACAGAAAACACAUUUUUAACAUCAUAAUUAUAUUAAUCAUAAGCUAAGAAACUUUGACAAAAGAUAAGACUUAAAAGGCGGGGCGAAAAAUGAAAACGAAAUGGCCAAUUUGAAAUCGUCAAGGGAUAUCACAUGACCGAAAUGGGUUGACUGGGGGGACGAGCUGACUGAAAUCGUUUACGGGAGAUCCCUCCGUAUCAGAAAGUUUGUAGUUGACCUCUGCCGCAGUUUUAGUACCGAUGCGAUUCAGGUUUGGUUUAAACAAUUUAUUUAGCAUAAUUGCAUUUGUUACAAUGUUACAUAUAUCAACUUAUAGGAUUGAGUAGGAAGCUUACAGCUUUUUUAGAAACUCUCUCCCUAUACAUAAUUUGAUUUUAAUGGUAACAAAAUGAAUCAUCUAUAUUACAUGUUUUGCUUGCAGUUUCUUCGUUGAUCAAAAUGGUAUGAGGCAUAAAUUUGUCAAACUGUAAAACAAAAUUUGGCUUGUAAAAGAAUACGUUUUCAGAUGUAUAGUUUAAAUUGUUGAUUUAGACAUAAAUCUAAACUUUGAUAUACAAUGCAUAUUGAUAUCUUAAAGAAUGUGAUAGGAAAGAAGGAGGCGAAAUAGAGGAGUUGUGAGUAAUAGGUCAGAAAUAGGAAUGCCACUUUAGACACAUGGAGUUUUUAGGACUUUUCUUAAAGCUGUGUAGUAGGGCUACAGUGGCAUAGAACCUGGGACUCAAAGCUAUAAUUUUUAAUAGUACUUAAAAUACCUAUCAAAUCUAUUUGUUUUCUGAAUGUAUUUAUGUACAUGUAGAAAUAUUGAUUCAGUGUGUUUGUAACGGAGCGAUCACCAUAUAACAAUGUUUUUAGUGUAACAGUGGUUAUUGCACUAACAUUGUUUAGGAGUUAUGUGCGUUCUCUUUGAUAUAAAGGACAUCCGAAUAAGAAAUGAUAUGAGUCUUCUACCUCCCCUCACACACAAGAAGGACUGUUUACAAUGUUUUUUGAACAAAUGUUCAUUCAGAGAGCUGCAGUGAGUCCUAAGCCUAGCAUGAAGAAUUUGGAGUUUGCGUUCACCUACAUAAUAAUUACGUGGGACGUCCAAUACGUCAGAAUAAAGUUGUCUUUUGAAGAUUCUUAAAGUGGGAGAAUUCCUGUGAUCUAAUGGUAGCUGGUUCCAGUCUGUUUAGGUUUAUGUAUAACAAUACAACUCAACGCACCUGCACACCCAUUAAGAAAAUAUUAUUUACUCCAUUCAAAACCCUGUGGAAUUUUUCAUCCACCAAUUAAAAUAUACAGUUUUAAUCAGUAAAUGACAUUCACCCCAGAUAUUUACAGGAAGAAAAGGUUAAUUCAGUACCGGCCUGUGGCCGGAACAUGCACAUAAUCGUUUUAGUUUUAUUCUAAAUGUCUAUUCUAAAUAAAAAGAUACUUGUUUUAUAUCUAUUACACUUCCAAUCAGCAGUUUACAUUUGUAUCAUGAAACCAUCCAAAGUAUUUCUGGGGUGAAAAUAUGGAAAGGUUCGAAUCUUCAUUAUAUUUACUAAACGACGAAAGUCAUUCACCGAUAACUGUAUCGCAUGACUGUCAACAUCAGAAAGCUCCUGACGCGAUACAUUCAAAAGACUAUAUAUACUAAUAGUUUUCAUCUAAUGUUUUCAUUUUUAUUUAGGAAAUCUGCAGUAUCAGAGAAAACGGUUUACAAGUGGAAAGCGUGAAUUUUAAAAAUAGCCAGGCUGUCCUUAAAGACAGUGCUUGUUCUGUUAGGCCUAAAUCCAUUGGCAAAUAUGGUAUGGACAUGACCCUAUACCUUUCAUUUCACCAUAUUAUAGGCCAAAUGUUUAUUUACGAAUGCGUGAUGUGUCAAUAACAUAAUUAUCUGUACAUUGUAGAAAAAAAAGUCUGAUAAAAAAUAUGAUUUUCCCAUAGACUCACAUCAUGGAAACUUUUUAGUUCAUUUUUAAAUCAGUAUUGCAAAAAUUCAAGCACAAUAUGCUAUAUUUUUGUUUUCCAAUUUUUCUAAGUACAUUCGUAAGAAAGAAAAUUUUGGAAAUAAAAAUAUAAAUUAAAUAAAGUAUAUUCUGAAGUCUUGAAAAAUCAGGAUUCUACGUUCUAGAAACAAAAAUGACACGAACGUGCAGAACUGUCUUAAGUUGUGCGUUUCAGCUGACUUAUGAACGCUGCUCGUACUUUGCUGAUUAAAUAUGACAAUCGACCGAUUUUGAGGUAUCCAUCGUAUGAAAUAGGUUUAUAGAAUAUGCAAAUAACUGUCGGAGGCUGUACAUUGUGAUGGAAAUAUAUAGAAAAUAUUCAAGAUUUUUGCAUGAAUAUGGUUUUUGUUUUCAUCGAAUGGUAUUAAGAUAUAAUAGUUCACGAGUGGCGUAGCCACGAUAGAAAUAUAUGGAGACGAAAAUAAAAAGAAUAUGAAAAAAAAAAGAUUUUUUCUGUUUAUUACAUAAACAAAAGAUUGAAAACGUCUUUUGUUUACAUUUAGAACGAGCGACAGCAAAAACAAUACAUUUUUCCGUUCAGCCGAAAUUUAGUCUUAUAUUGGAAAUAGACAAAAAAGUUACCUUUAGAAAGCAUCCGCGAAAAUAUAGAAUGUAAAAUGUACGAGUUGCAUAAAACUCGCAGGUGCCGGUAAUUUUGACAAAUUGUUGUUUAAAACUGUCCCGAGUAAUGUCCCUUCGCGGAAGGUUAAAUGCCAUGUACAUAUACCGGUUAGGAUGUAACGUAGGGGGGUUGCGAUCAUUGGAACUAAAAAUAGUUUGCUCCACUACCCAUAUACAUUUCACUUCUGAAACUGAAUAAUUUGAUUAAACGGCUAUUUUUAUACAAUGAUAUAUUCAAUGGCGUUGUACAUAAUAAUUAUUAUUAUUACAAUAUUAAUAAUGACAAUAACAAUAAAAACAGUCAUAUUGUAACAGUCAUCUCCCCUUGAGGUCACUUUACCCCUGUUGCGAAUACCAGUGCUUAAAGCAUGACAUGGUGCGUCCAGACGAGCUGCAUAUAGAGGUUCAAAGUCCCGGUUAAUGGUGCCACUAUUUAAAAAAGAAAUACUACACACUACCCUACCCAUAGAGCCUUACCAACAAGUGCGUUUAAUUAAAGAAAUCUUUGAAAUAUAAUUUUUGAGAUGUGAAACCUUUUACAAAAAUUUAAGAACCAUCACCUUUCGCAUAAUACACAGUUGUCAAAAGUUUAAAACAUGCCGCGAAAUCUCUGAAAUACAGUGUCUUAAGAUUUUUUUUUUUACAUGUUUACUUCUAAUGUUCUAAUGAUACCAAUAAACUCGAGAAUACUUAAAUAGUUCUGGAAAACCAGUGAAAAUAUAGAAAAUAUGUCACAGCGCAGUAAACUAUAGCCAAAUAUGUUUUACUGCACUGAAAAAUAGAUACAAUGAAAAUAUAGAUUAUAUUUCAUAAAUAUUUAUAGGUAUUUCAGUGGAAAGUAUAUAUAUUCAAUGACAAUACUCUGUCGUUGGUGCACCGUAUCAGCCGCUAACGGCUAAGCUAGCAAGUUUUACCGGUAUGCUUAAGUAUAAUCUGAUGUUUUUAACACUUUCCGCACUUUCGGCAUUUUCACAAAUGAUUUUAGAUAUGCUUUACAUUUCUACACAAUGUGCUUUAUAUUUUUACAUAAAUGAUUUUAGAUAUGUUUUACAUUUUUACAUAAAUGAUUUAAGAAAUACUUUACAAUUGGCGUUUUCUUCUCGGCGAUAUAUGACCAUUUUGUGUCGAUUCGCCGUAAAACCCAACUCACUCACUCACCAAAAGCAAAUCUUGUCUCGUUUCCAAUGAAAUAAUGUUAAAGAGAACAUUGUAAGACAUAUGUGUAUAAUAGGAAUAACAGCUUAACAUGUUUGACAAAUUCUUAAAAUGUUUUCCGUUGGUUUCCGGAAUCGAUGUGUAUUGUUAAAGAUGGAUGACCUUCUAUGUAGAUCUAGGUGAAUGUGUGGUUUUAUUUCUCAAAGGACUUGUUCAUCCUAACAGCAAUGGUAGAGAUUAUAUGAUUAUAAGUAAGAAACUUUAACCUGUAAGGCAUGGAUGCCUAUAUCCGGAAAGAUAUCCUUACAUUAACAUACAUACAUUAUAAGAUAGUAGCAGUGUAAUGUUUAAAAAGUCUUGGGACUAGAUCAACAGGGACGCCGGAAGGCAAACAAUGAACUUGUUCUAAAAUGUUAAAGUCAAUGAAUUAUUAUAAGCGGACUAUCUUCAGAGUUGUGUAGGCGUUGGAACACUCUGAACACAUUAGGCUGCAAUUAUCUAUAUCUAUAUUAAGUGUAGGCAUCCCUCAUCUUCAUAUGAACGACAUUACCAAUCAGCGUGCUAUCAUGUUGUAGAGAACAAUUUAUACCUUGUAUCAGUAGAUUGCAGUGUAACUGAAAUAUCACAUAAUUGCAACAGAUAAAUGUAAAUCGAAUAUUUUGCGCAUUUAUCAUUAAUCGGGUGAUUAUGUAUCUUACAAAGGCAAGAGAUACAAAGCAACAUCAAUGCAUAUUUCUAGAGGGAAUUCUUAUAAAUUAUUUUCAUUAUUUUUAUCAAAUUUUCAAAUGUCAGCCUGUCCAUGUGUUUACUGUAGAUCCCAAUGAGCCUAACACUGGUUAUGCAACCGUAUGAAACGUGUCUUUGGUUCAAUUUUUUUUUUGCUUUCGUUUUACAACAUGGACCGUCUAUAAAAUGCUUCCAGGACUUUUAGCAAGUCAUUUAUAGGUUUCUUUGAUGGUGGCAAAGCAAAACACAAUAAGCGGUGUAUCUUAAAUUUAUCUCUCGUUUGUUAUGUGCCCAUUAAAUAAACAACAGGUAGAAUUGUUCACAGUCAAACUUUACUCAAAUACUUUAUGAAUACGUUAACAGUUUAUUAAAUACAAAAAGGAAUUUAAAAUUUCGGUAAGCACACGUUAGUGCGUUACUAUCACGUGUCUGCUGUUCAGACAUGCGACUGUAAGGUAAGAAUAUGACAAGCAAAUUAACACAUUUUAAGUCGACCUAAUCUUCUCCCUAAAUGUUUUAACAUUUAUAUGAAAUGACAUGAUGAUAGUAUUUAUUUCAUUAUACAAGGUUCAUGUUCUGUAUUGCCGAUUUCAUUUACUUUCGAUACAUAAAUUCAUGUCAGUUUUGUCUUUAUAGCGGUUGUGUGAUACAUGCAUUGUUCGCUAGCUAUCUGUGCUAUAAGCAAAAGAUUAUCAAGACAUCAAAUGAAAAUAGUCAUGAUAGUAUGUAUUUCAUUAUACAAGGUUCAUGUUCUGUAUUAUGUUUUCUUUGUUUGUGGAAGAUUUAGAACUGUAUUUGCAAAAGAGAAUAGAUGUUGGGCUCUCUUUAAAUGAAUUAUGUCUUAUUUUAUUGUUAUUUGCUGACGACAUGGUAAUUUUAGCUGAAACACCUAUUGAUUUGCAGUCGUCUCUAGACACACUUUAUGAUUAUUGUAAUACUUGGGGCCUUGAAGUAAAUGUAGACAAAACUAAAUGUGUUGUGUUUAGAAAACGUGGAGGCUUGCUUAGAGGCGAAUCUUGGUACUAUGGAAACAACUCUUGUAUUAUAGAGACUGUAAAUGAUUUUAAUUAUUUAGGGGUUACUCUGAAUUAUACAGGGAAUUUUACAUUAAACACCCAGACUAUGUACGGAAAAGGCCUUAAAGCUAUGAACACGCUAAUUGCUAAUUUAAAGAAACAUGAAACAUUAACAAAAUUAGCAUUGCAACUAUUUGAUUCCUUUGUGGGUUCCACAGUUAGCUACGGCUGUGAAAUAUGGGGACUUUCUAAGUCCAAACAGUUGGAAACUUUACAUAUUAAAUUUUGCAAAACGUUGUUGGGAGUUAGGCAAUCCACGUGUAAUGUUGCAGUAUAUGGGGAAUUGGGACGGUACCCUUUAUAUAUUAAUAGGUAUGUGCGCAUUGUAAAAUAUUGGUUAAAAUUAUGCCAGAGCAAUAACAUUAUAACCAUUGUAAACUUUGAGCUUAAUGAUUCCGCCGUGGGCAAAGUAAAUUGGUUUACUCAUGUUAAAGAUCUUUUGUCAAAAUACGGGUUUUUGUAUAAAUGGAAUGAUAUUAUAAAUAAUAGGCAUCUGAGGAAGAAUGUAGAUUCAGUAUUUAUUUCUAUGUUUAAACAACGUCUGAUAGACGAAUUUACCCAAGAAUGGCGAAAUGGUGUUAAUAGUAUGGAAGUAUUGACUCUGUAUAAAAGUGUUAAAGAAUCAUUAAAACUGGAACCAUAUUUAAAUAAUAUUGUGUCUCGUAAUCUGCGCAUUCCACUUACAAAACUUCGUGUGUCUGCUCAUAGUCUAAGAAUACAGACUGGCCGAUAUGGUCGAGACAGAAUAGAUAGAAAUUUAAGGUUUUGUCAAAUAUGUAACAGCAAUGAUAUAGAAGAUGAAUUUCAUUUUGUAUUUAAAUGUUUCCCGUAUGAACAAGUGAGACGUAAAUAUAUCAAACAUUAUUAUAGAUCUAGACCAAGUAUGCUUAAAUUUACCCAACUGUUAUCCACCAAAAAUAAACCAGAACUAUAUAUGUUAGCUAAAUUUAUCCAGGAAGCACUUGAAAUACGUAGACUUAGACUGUAAUAUGAAUUAAUUUAUGUAUACCAGUAAUUAUGUUUGUGUUAUUUGUAAAUAUAACGUCUGUUCUAAAGCAGCAUUGUACAUGUAUAAUACUAUUCCUGUAUUUGAAUGUGUAUAGUAGACUGCGAUCUUGCAGUGAGAAACAGGUUUGAUUAUAAUGAAGUAUAUUGUUUUUAUGUCAUAAGGCUACUGUUUACAAAAUACUAGAGUUAAUGUGUAAUAUGCCAGACUAUAAGACAUAUUGUGAGUUUUGGGCAGAUAUUUAUAUAUGUAUAAUAUUCGUUUCUGUCCAAGAGUAGAUAUUAAACAUAUUGAUUAAUGAAGGUAAUACUAGUAGAAAUAUCAGCUUUAGACUGUAUGUAUAUGUUAUUGUACAGAUAUCGACACACAUCAAACCGUUGUUAAUUAUGUAUGUCCAUCCGAAAAUAUUUUCCAUCCAUUCAUUUGGACACAUCUGUAUUCUUAAUGUCACAUUUUCGUUAUCACAUGAAUAUUAAAAUGUUUUUGCUUGUCACUAGAAACUGUAAUAGUUUUUGUGAGAAAUAAAAUAUGUUCUGUUC